CUCAGUGGAGGCUGAAUGGAGGCUGCUCGUGCCAGUAUUGAAUUGUGGGAAACGUCACGUCUUGUACAACCCACCGGCUUCGUCAUUUACAACUAAACACGGGUGUAAGCUGCUCAGGUGAAAAAUCGAGAUAAUGAUGCGGAGUUUGGCUUUGAAUGGACGACACACACACACACACACACACACACACACACACACACACACACACACACACACACACACACACACAAACACGCACUGGAUACGAUGUGUGUGUGUGUGUGUGUGUGUGUGUGUGUGUGUGUGUGUGUGUGUGUGUGUGUCCGGGAGAUGGAGAGAGGCUUGUAGUUUAAAAUGCGAUGUGACAGCCCAGGAAAAGGGGGGGUGAUAAAGGCGCUGUUAUUGGAUCAAUCUGGCCCUGAAUGCCCCUGUUAAACACGCGCGCAUACACGGACCGAGCGCGAGCGAGAAGAGGGAGAGAAGAGGACCCACGGAGAAGGAGAGAAAGACAGAAAGAGUGAUAGGUUGUGAAGUUAGGAGAAGAAGAAGAAAAUAAAAACCACGUAUUUCAUUAUCAGCUGGUAUAAUAGAGUCCUCCUGUCAAUCACGCGCUCGUCUCCACGCGCCUCGUUGUUUUGACAGGAGCGCGCCAGGUGUAAUUAGCGAUCGAUCCGGACAACAGAAAGAAACCCUCUCUCUCUCUCUCUUUCUCUCUCUCGUGCUCUGCCUUCUCCAUUAACCGCGUCUCUGACGUCACGGGGCGAUUAACGUUUCUUAUUGGUCCCGCGAGCAGAUGGAGGAGUCCUAAUGAGCUGGCUCGCGCGGAGAGAAAGAGCAGGGUUGACAUCUCGGCUGGACUGUGAACGUGAAAUACCUCGUGCAGCCCCGGACCCAUCCGCCCUCACGUCAGACCGAACCGUGGCCGCGGGAGACGGCCGUCUGCCCGGGUUCUCCUCCUCCUCCUCCCCUCUUCUCCUCCUCCUCUUCCUCCUCUUCCUCCCAGACUUUUUCUCCUCCUGACUGCAUGUUCAGCCACACCGCCGCCCCCCUCCGCAUCUUCACUUCGGCCCCGCCGCAGCCCGGGCGAGCAUGGACAGUCGGGUCCUCGAGCAUCCCCACACCCAGUUCGGAGGCUCUUUGGGCGGGCUGGUGGGCUUCCCGUACCCGCUCGGUCCCCAUCAUCACCACCACCCCCACCACCACCAUCACCAGCACGUCUACGAGCUCGCCAGCGGACACCAGCUGCAGUCCGCGGCCGCCGUCCCCUUCUCGAUAGACGGAUUACUAAACGGCUCGUGCUCGGCCUCUGUGGUCAACUCGAACCCGCUGCUCUCUCCAGACAGCCAGCAGUUCAAACUCUCAGGUAGGCCGGCCUCUUUGUCUCCUGCCUCAUAGAAAUAUCACCCGAAAAAACAAAAACACCCAUUAUAAAAGAAAUUAUCAUUAAUUUAGACAUCUUAUUAUUUUUAAAUUUUGAAAACAAGGCGAAUUUAGCUCAUUUAAAAGCUCAUUUAUUUAUAUUUUUUGAUGUUUGAUGCAUUUAAUGUCUGAUCUUGGCUGAAAAGUUUUGGGUGUUAGUGCAUUUUAAGGGAAUUCUAAAAGUUUUGGUAAUUCUAGGAGCAUUGUAACUGCAGGUAUAAUUGAAGGUAAAUGGUACAAUUGUUGUAAAUGUGGAUCAAAGUGGUAUCAGCUGGUUAAAAGUGAAUUUUGUGGAUUAUUAGCUGUGUUUUAAACAUCAAAUAUAAAACAAAAAUAUGUGUUUUUAUCGCCUGAAUUCAAUGAGUUAAUUUAAAAGAGUCUAUUAAAGUAAAUUAGUCUUUUAAAAUGAGGGUGUGACAAUGAUCACUCAAGCCAAUUCAUGACACUCUCCUCUCUUUUACACACACAUAUGCACAUGCACACUCACACACACGCACACGCACGUUGCAGAUUCGGGGGACCCGGAUAAGGACAGUCCCGGUUGCAAACGGAGACGCACGAGGACAAAUUUCACCGGGUGGCAGCUGGAGGAGCUCGAGAAGGCUUUCAACGAGAGUCACUAUCCGGAUGUGUUCAUGCGGGAGGCGCUCGCGCUCAGGCUCGACCUCGUGGAGUCCAGGGUUCAGGUAAAGACAUGACUGACUGAUGAAUUCAUGAUCAUGGUUGUUGAUAUUUUUCAGGAGUCUUUAAUUUUAGUAAAAAUGUUGAUAUUCGACUUUAGAGGGUUUGAUUGGUUCCCAUGGAGGCCUGCUCCUCACUCUGAUCACUGUUUGUCAAUGAUCAGAGCAUCAAUAAAGCCUCUUUUGAAUUAUGCAUGCAGGCUAACUAUUGAUUUGUGGGUUAAUAAAAAACAAGGCUAGUUACUGAGCUAACCAAGAGGGACAAGGUAAUCUCUUUUAAUAUUCAAACCAUCUUUUUAACCCUGAAAAUACAAUUAAAACAAUUGAGGAAUAAAGGCCUGGGAUUAUCAAAAUAGUUGAUUUAAUAUGGAAUAAUAAUAAUAAUAAUAGAUUUUAUUUGUGGGCGCCUUUCAGGGCACUCAAGGACACCUUACAGGGCAAUUAAAAGACACAUCAGUAGAGUAGUAAAAUCAAUAGAAAACACAUCAACACAACAAAGUAUUAAAUUAAAAAAAAUACUAUAAAAUAAAAUUAAAAAUUAUGAUUUACAAAAAUAAUAUGUAUUCUUAAAAAAUAAUAAUUAUUAUUAUUUUUAAUAAUAACAUCUAUAUUUAAAAGCAUGUUUUAGUGCCACAUAAGAACCAUUGUUUACCUCUCUUGCAGAAUAAAAUAGAUAAUAAUCAUGAUUAUUCUAAUAAUAAUAAAUGCAUUAUUUUAAACUGUUGCCAUAAUUUUGCAAAAAUAUAACAUGUUGAUAAUCAGAGGUUAUAAUAUUAAUUUAUUGAGAUAACAAUGAUAUAGUAAUUUUCGAAGUGUAGGUUAUUCAGAUACAGGAGACAGAAAUAUGGAGCAUCAUUUCCUAAAUCAGUCCAUGUGUUGUUGAUGAUAUUCAGUGUAAUUUAACAUGUAUAUAUAUGUAUAUGUAUAUCUCUCUGUAUGUGAAAUGAUCUCCACACUCGCUCCUCAUGCCUGGUUGCCUGCAGUCAAAGCUGCACACACACUCAGCUGGAUGUUGUUUGGGGAUUUCGCUCCUAAACCUCAGAUUAUUGUUCCCUCAAGCUGCUUAACGCUCCUUUAUCAGCGGGCUUUGCGGGGGAAAGAUAUCACCAACAUUAACAAUUCAGAAGACGCGCCUUUUGUCGCACAUGAUGUCGCUGCCCCCCGUCCAGCUUUAUGAAACGUGCGCCGAUCCUACUCGUGCAUGCUAAACUCCUGCCGUUAUCAGCGCCCAACAUGCGGCCCUGAGCGCGCCCAGAGGCCGGGCACGAACGCUCCCGGGCGGGGGGGAAGCUCCGUGUGUUGGCUCGGUGUUAGAGGAGGGGGGUAUUACGGCGCAUUUAGACGUAAUUGUCGAUCAGACUCAUUGGUAAUUAACACCAGCACGUGCGUUCAUGCGCUGCUCCACCUCUGUGACCUGCUCACCUGGAACAUAAACACGUCUUAGACAGGAGAAAAGCAGGACAAAGACUCACUGGUUUGGGGGUUUUGUGGAGUUUGUUUGGAUUUGAAGGCAGUGUUGGUUUUGUCCUGAAAACAUCUGAUGUAUUAUCAUGACAGGUGUGAGCUCUGACUGACAUUUUAUCCAUGGCCUAUUUCAGUGUGAACUCACUCUAACAAUAUUAUUAUUUUGAGGAUCUUUAUGGAGGAAAUUUAACAAAAAACCCACAAUAUUAAAUCAUGAAAUAUAACAGAUUUAAUCAAAGUACUCCCAUAGGGUCUCCAUAAAGGUGGUAUUUGUGAUAGUGAUAAAGAUGUGUGUGUUCAGGUCAGACCUAGAAAUAAUGUGUGCCUAUUUUAUUAUUUAUAAUCAUUGUUUAAUGUUGACUUUUGGUGAAUUUAUUUAUUGUUUUAAGUCUGAAAAUUUUUAUAAAAUAGCUCCUAAAGGUCAAUAGGAAUGUGUUUAAUUGAAAUUUAUUUCCAUACAAAAGCCAAAACACAAAUAUAUUUCAUUCUAAACACACACUUGACAUUAUUAAUGAUAUUAUUAUGAAAGAAUAAGGUUGAAUUAAUUAAUUAUUACUUACUAAGGUAAGUCAUGAACGUGAAAACACAAGUUUAGGUGAACUACACUAAAAAAAAAAUACACACAAAAAAAAAAAUAAUACACUAAAAAAUUUUUUGCUAAAUACAACACUAAAUUUAAAUUUUACUCACCUGAGGGCUGAAGUUGAACUCAGAAUAAUUAAUGUAAUAAUUAAUGUAAGUUAGAUUUUUUUUAAUGAGGUUUAACAGUGCAGGAAAAAGCUGAAUAUCCUCAUUCUCAACUUUUAUUUUGAAAGGGUUUGUUCAAUUAAGAUCAGUUAUCUCUCACAGGGGAGCCUUCUCAAAUGAUGAAUGAUAUAAAUGAUUAACUAUUAAUUUUGUGUUAUCACCUAAUCAUUUCAUCGGCUCAUUUAGACCUUAAUCUGAGCUGUUUGAUACUAAUAUUUACGAAUAUUUUUCACAGAUUUUGACUUUAAGAGAAAAAGACGUCAAAGAUUCAGUGAAUUUAAGCUUAAUGAGUUUAUAAUGACUGUGAUUCUGUCUUUGUUUGCACAGGUUUGGUUUCAGAACCGGCGAGCCAAAUGGAGAAAAAAAGAAAACACAAAGAAAGGCCCGGGCCGGCCCGCUCACAACUCCCAUCCGACCACGUGCAGCGGCGAGCCCAUGGACCCCGAGGAGAUCCGACGCAGGGAGCAGGAGCGUGCCGAGAAGAAGAAACGCAAACAGGAGAGGAAACUGCUGAAGUCCCAGAACAAACUCCUCUCAGGCGACAGCUUCCACACGCCCGGAGGCUCCGAGAGCGACAGCGGCGUCUCCCAGUUCACCGACAGCGAGCAGCAGACGUCGAGCGUCAACGGGACUAUCCAUCUUGAACUGCCAGCAAAUAAGGGUGCAGGAGGACACCCGACCGAAUCCAGCUGCGACCAAACAGGGCACAACUUCAGCCAACUACAAAACCACCAAAACCAAAGAACAGCGGGAGAGCCGGAGCAGGUUUCUCCGGGCAGCACGCACAGCUCCAGCCCGGGAGGAGGCCCCAGAUCCUCCGCCCUGCAGAAACGCAACCCCUUCAGCGUGGAGAGCCUCCUCUCUGACGCCACGCCGAGACGCAAACCCCCUCUGGACUUCCCUUCACUGCCAGGGCAGAGGACUCUGGUAGGGAAAGGCCACUUUCUGCUUUACCCCAUUACCCAUCAGCCCUUGGGUUUUCUCGUGCCCCAAACCGCCCUCAAGGCCUCGCCGUGUCAGGACAGGCUGGGACAGAGGUGCGUGCCGAGCGAAGGCAGCCCCGCUCCCUCCGACCUCUCCAGAUUCGUCCCCACGCCUCUAAACUCGGAUCAUACGGAGCAGAACUCGCAGAACCAACUCAACCACGUUAGCAAUAGAGCGGAGGGAGCGGAGGCGGAGGAGUGCCGAGCGAGACUUCCGGUUUCUUCUUCUCCACUGAACGGCGCGGCUCUGGCCAGGCUGACCUCCUCGCAGUCCAGAGACAUCGGCGAGGAGUCGAGUCAGAAAGUUCGGACGGACGGCUGCCAAGAAGAGCCGACAGAGAAGAGUGUAAGAGAGGAGCGAGCUUCUCCAGACCUCUCUAAGCGUCUCGAGGCAAACACAGACUGUCAAGAAACACCCGGAACAGAUGGAGAGGAUGUCGAUAUGGACUAACACUUUGCGAGGAGCAAACAAACAAAGGACCAGGAACAGCGCUCCGACUAGUCAAACAUUCCCAAAGCUCUGCUGAGACACUCGAAAACAUAUCAGGAACCAGGAGACUUAAUUCUCAUCUAUUUUUUAAUCAUGAUGUGUGAUCAAUCCAGAUGGCCACAGACAGGAAAGCUGCGGCUGUCCUCAUUUCAAAAACACCUUUUAGAAGCAGGUUUUUUCUCUCUCUCUCUCUUUUUUGGCGACCAACUUGUAAGAAAAGACUCGGCUCACACACAACAAAAAUCCUCAGAUAUUGUAAAAACGAGAAAAUAUUUAUAUGUACACAUUUUGAUAAAUAAAGUUAUUGUUUAAAUGGA